CAUUUCUCUUCAGAGAAAGAAAACAAAAAAUCGGAAAAUGGGCAAGCAUCUGAGCGACGACCAAGUCUCCUCAAUGAAGGAGGCCUUCACGCUCUUCGACACCGACAACGACGGCAAGAUCGCCCCAUCCGAGUUAGGGAUCCUAAUGCGGUCCCUGGGCGGCAACCCGACCCAGGCCCAGCUCAAAUCCAUAGUCUCCGAGGAGAAGCUGACGGCGCCGUUCGACUUCAACCGGUUCCUGGAGCUGAUGAGCAAGCACAUGAAGCCGGAGCCUUUCGAUCGCCAGCUCCGCGACGCCUUCAAGGUUCUCGACAAGGACGCCACCGGCUUCGUGUCCGUGUCCGAGCUCCGGCACAUCCUGACCAGCAUCGGCGAGAAAUUGGAGCCGUCGGAGUUCGACGAGUGGAUCCGGGAGGUCGAUGUGGGCAGUGAUGGCAAGAUCAAAUAUGAGGACUUCAUCGCCAGAAUGGUCGCCAAGUGAGGAUUUGAUCUCUCUCUCCCUCUGUGAUUUGAAACUCUUAACAUUGCUGUGUGUGUGUUUGUGGAAAUCGCUAGGGUUUGAUCUUCGUUUUUUUUAUUGGUUUGUGAUGAAUUGAAUUGUGUAUUGAAUGGCUUUAUGGAAUAUAAUUUGGAUUUGAUGGAGUAUAA